AUGCUUCAAGCCCCACAAAAGCAGCGGAGAAAGAGAUUAAUGAAGCAAGCAAGAGAAGCAGGCAUCACUCAGACCAAAAGGACUAUCCAAAACAGUCUAUGGGAUCGAAAGAAGGCUCAUAUGUUUAAGGCAGCUGUUCAAUCAGCCAUCAGUGAUGAUCAACAAGGCCAGAGGACUUACUACACCCACAUCAACACUGCUAAGCCUAUUGAGGGGUAUUGGGAUAGCAUCAUGUUUACUGAUGAGGCCCAUGAGAGGCUUGAUGACUUCCCAGAUGAGUGGAUACUACGUAUCUGGGGUGAGAGAUUCAAGCCAGAGAAUAUUGUUGAAGCCCGUGCUAUCACAUCUAAAGCAGUACACUUUGCUGCCUGGAUCAAUUACUACGCCAAGGCUGAGCAAUUGACGUUCUACAACGACGAAUACGACAAUUAUCAGCCUCUAAAAAGAGAUCCUAGUGAUAAGAAACCACGGAGGAGGCCAAAAACAGAGACUCAGGAUCAGUUUGAUGAACGGAUGGCUGAGUGGAUAGCACGUGAGCCACCACAAUUGGAGAUUAAGAUACCUGGGAACUCUAUGGAUCAAAACUACUACACCAACAACAUCCUCCCAGUGUAUUGCAAGGCCUAUCAGGGGCUAGUAGAUCGCUCAGAUGAGCUUCGUGCCUCAGUCCCUAAGGAGCAACGCUAUACUUGGUACUUUCAAGAGGAUAACAACCCUUCACAUGGCACAAGAAACAGCCAAUCAAAGCCUGCUCUAUAUAAGAAAAGGCAUAAGAUAGAGGCGUUCUAUCAUCCAGCUAAUUCACCAGACCUAAACCCUAUAGAAGGUAUCUGGCUUAUUAUUAAAAACCGAGUAAAACAGUAUAUAUGGGACCUCAACACUAUAGCAGACCUCAAAGAAGCACUCCAGAGAGAGUGA